AUGGCCGUUUCGGUAGAACCCCCAACUGCCAUCGUUCCUGAAGUCAGGAGCAAGCAACCUGGCGUCUCGCAACAAAUCAAAUAUUCAAUCUCACCGAAACACACUUGGUCAAUUCCCGUUUCUUUGUCUAGUUGGUCUUUUCAAUUGAUUCGUAUAAAUGAGACAGUUCUCACACACGCUCUCUGCUGGAUUAUCAAGCAUCUUUCCGCGGAGUUGGGUUGUAAGAUAGGGAGUACAGCGGGUACCAUUGAUAUCACCACGAAGGCCCCAGACGCUUUGGAGGGAAGGAAAGGGCUGUUAGAAGCUGCCAAGGACUUCGUACUCUCCUUGGAGGGUCCAGAGGAUGUCAUCGAGCGGGUGUACUACCAACAUAUCGAAACUUCCGCGAUCAAGAUUGCAGUUGAGCUUGGCAUUUUCCAACUGUUGGUGGACGAGGCGGGACGGCAUUCAGCGGAAGAUGGCUUUUGCAACAGGUUGAAGUAUGCGUUGCCUCGCAGCAUGGGGAGCAGUGAAAGAGGUGGGCACGAUCGGAUAUGUGUCGACAAUGGAUAG